CGGCUGUAAACUUAUUAUCGAUCUGAACUCCGAGACGAAAGCAGCGCAGAGCAACGCAACGCAAAGCAAAGCAAAAGCAAACCUCAGACCAGCAGCACCGAUUCCAUCAUGAAGUGCACCCUUUUAUCCACAUUGCUGGCGACCCUGGUGGUCACGAGUCUGGCUGCUCCUUUCCAGCUGAGCGACAUCUUCCCCGGCUUUGUGGCCAUCGGGCAGCCGCAGGAGAAGCAGGAGGUAGUCAAGCGUCAUGUGGUGUCGAAUCCUGACGCCGAGCUCAAGCAGAUCUCGUUCCAUGGCCUGAUUGGGGACCUGGAGGACAGCCUGUUCCAGUCUGCGCUCAGCCUGCACUCGGCCAGUGCCCCAGACAGCGAGGUGGAGGAGGUGAACCCCGGCCCGGAGGAGACCGCUGACGAGCUGGAACAUGCUCUGACCAAGCGCUCGGACGAGUCCACUCCGGCAACGGACAGUGCCUCCACCGACGAUGGUCUGGCCCGCAAGAUCCUGCUGCAGACAACCCGCAAGGUGCCCGGCGGUGAGGAUGGUCUGCCCGCCCACCUGAUCAUCGACCAUGUCUCCGUGCAGCCACACAAUGGCGGUGUCCUGCCGCUGAUUCCCACCUUCCAGGUGCACCACACCAAGCUGAUCUCGGCCACCAUCAAGGAGGACUCGAACAACGACAGCAGCGAUGGCAAACAGACCAAGAUCAGCAUCACCAAGACCUCAAUCACCUCGACGGCGCCACUCGAGAGCCUGGAGGAGGCCGUGGCCAGCGCUAGUUCCAGUUCCAGUUCCAGCUCCAGCGCAGCUCCCACAACUCCCACCACUGAGGGCACCACAACAGUUGAAACCCCAAAGACCACAGCGGAGGAGGAGGAGAAGAAGAGCUCCAGCAGCAGCAGCAGCACAGAGUCCUCAUCUUCAACCACUGCUGCUGCCACCACAGAGGAACCCAUUCAAAAGCUGAAGAAGGACGAGGAGAAGCUCAAGGAGAAGGUGGCCGAGGUGGAGGCUGAUCCCGUGAUUCUCUCCUCUCGCGUGUAGGACAUGCCCGAUCCCUCCCUCUAGUUGUAGUCCAUCUCCAGCAUUGCCUCCGCCCUCUCCCUCAUACAUAUUUAUGACACUCGACUCGAAGUUCAAUUAAA